AUUCAGCUGACUAAGUGUGCUAAUAGACUUUGGGGAAGUGAAGUGUCUUGAAACCGGACAGUCAUGUAGGAAGUUUAGUCUCUUGUUCACACACUUGAAGGUAAGCAGCACUCCAUGGCUCAGUAGUGAAAAAAGGAUUUAGUAGAAGAGACUAAUUUCUAAGACCAUGAAGAGAUUUUGCUAUACAUCAUGCCCUACUACAGCUCUGUUGAUGAUGCUGGUUUUAGCCUUAGUGAAAGAGAGCAAAUGUCUACCAGACCCUCAUCAGAGAGAGCUUUUACUACAGGAGGAAGCCUCCAGGCGGAUCGGUGGCAGAGUGGCGCUCAGUGCGGCAGAGCUUCGUCUUGACUCUUUACUUCAUAAACUGAAAGAGCAAGAGAUGAAGGCUUCACAUUUUCCUCCAGCUAUGCACUUCUUUAAAGCAAAGCCCUACAUCCAAAAAAGUCCUGUGUUUAAAAUUCUACAAGAAAUGCCAAAAGGUGCAAUCCUACACAUCCACAGUUCUGCUCUGGUAAGCGUGGAGUGGCUCGUGAUGAACGUGACCUAUCGGCCUCACUGCUAUGUUUGUUUCACUCGGACGGGUCACGUGCAGUUCGUAUUCUCUGCAUGGCAGCCGUUCCAACGUUUGGGUUGCUCUCAGUGGAACUUGUUGGAGAAACUGAGGGCCACCAUGAGUGACGUACCUGCUUUUGACAAGAGUUUGAUGCGGAACCUCACGCUCUUCACUGAGGAUCCGGAUGCGGCUUACCCGACUCAGGACGAAGUGUGGAAUCAGUUUGAGCAAAUAUUUACCUCAAUCUCAGGGCUGAUCACCUAUGCACCGGUUUUUAAAGAUUACCUCUAUCAAGGCCUCCUGCAGCUUUACAAUGAUAAUAUAAUGUAUCUGGAGCUGAGGACAGGUCUGUCCCAGACAUAUGAGCUUGAUGGCACUCUCCAUGACAAAGUAUGGUCUAUACAAACCUACAAAAAUCUAACUGAGCAGUUCAAGUUGGAGCAUCCAGACUUCAUUGGGAUGAGAAUAAUUGUAUCUGUCCAUAGGAUACAGAACUUAUCUAUGAUCAAGCAAGCAGUAAAAGAUACCAUAAAAAUGCAAAAGUGCUUUCCAGAGAUCAUCGCUGGCUUCGAUCUGGUUGGGCGUGAGGAUAGAGGAAAUUCUAUAUGGUAUUAUCGGGAUGCUUUAUCAGUCCCAACCCAGGUUCAUGCCAAACUUUCCUAUUUCUUCCACGCAGGCGAGACUGACUUGUACGGCACAGAUGUUGACAGGAACAUUCUGGAUGCUCUGUUAUUUAACACUACACGUAUUGGGCAUGGUUUUGCCCUGGCACAUCAUCCCCUGGCGAAAGAGCUGUCCAGGAAAAUGGGAGUGCCAGUGGAAGUAUGUCCUAUAUCUAAUCAGGUGCUGAAGCUGGUCUCAGAUCUGAGAAAUCACCCUGCUGCAGUGUUAAUGUCAGAGGGACAUCCGAUGGUGGUGAGCUCUGAUGAUCCCACCUUGUUCGGCACUGCCGGACUCACUUAUGAUUUCUACGAAGUCUUUGUAGGAAUCGGAGGUCUGAGUGCCAGUGUAGGAACGCUGAAGGAGUUGGCAAUGAAUUCAAUCAGGUACAGUUCCUUGCCACCAGUGCUUAAGGAAAAGGCCAUGGCUUUAUGGCAACAAAAGUGGAACAAAUUUAUAGCAGAGAAUUCACCAUAGUAACAGGGAGAAGAAAGAACACCUGAAUAAUAAUUUCAUAUAGAAAAAAAAAACAAAACAAAACUAGAAAACUCCAAAUUGAAGCCAAAGAUGUUUGAAAUACUUCUACAGAGAUGUUUUACCCAUUUGACUAAAUAAAACAAUGAUUUAUGAUCAACUGCUAUAAAAUGCUUUUAUAAAAUGUUUUUUUUUUUUAAAUAAACAAAUACAUGAAAAUAUUUACAAAGUGAUUGGAGGCAGCUGAUUUUACGUUAAAUGAUUUUGAUCUUAAAAUUUUGUUUUAAAUUAUUUCUUUUUUCUGUUCGGUGAAUGAAAUGUUUUAAAAAUAAAUUGACGUUUUUAAAGUAUUAAAACAAAAUUAAUUGAAAUAUUUUAUAAUUGUUGACUGUUGAGUUUGGUGGAUUAGGAAAUUUUGUAUCAGCAUAAUAAUAAUAAUACGUUUAAAAAAAACAAACAGACAACAGUUUACUGAAUUUGUACAUCCAAGAUAAUAAAAUGAAAUACAUUACAGUUUAA